AUGGUGCUCGGACUUGCGGCGAAUGUUAGUGCUUCCUCUGGCGGCAGCGUAGGUGGUUCGGGCGGGCCUGUGGUGCCCACGCCGCUGGUCGCGCUACCUUCCCUCUCCUUCACCGCCGCCCAAGUGGCCGCCGUCUGCGAGACUCUAGAGGAGAGCGGGGACAUGGAGCGCCUGGGGCGGUUCCUGUGGUCGCUGCCGGUGGCACACCCGCACCUGCACGACUUAAACAAGCACGAGGCCGUGCUGCGCGCGCGCGCGCUCGUCGCCUUCCACGUGGGCAACUUCAGAGAGCUUUACGCCAUCCUGGAGUCGCAGCGGUUCUCGAAGCCGUCGCACGCCCGCCUGCAGGCGCUGUGGCUGGAGGCGCACUACCAGGAGGCCGAGCGCCUGCGGGGCCGCCCUCUGGGCCCCGUCGACAAGUACCGCGUCCGCAAGAAGUUCCCCUUCCCGAGGACCAUCUGGGACGGCGAGCAGAAGACGCACUGCUUCAAGGAGCGCACGAGAUCCCUUCUGCGGGAGUGGUAUCUGCAGGACCCUUACCCGAACCCGAGCAAAAAGCGGGAGCUGGCCUCCGCCACCGGCCUCACGCCCACGCAAGUCGGAAACUGGUUCAAGAAUCGACGACAGCGCGACAGAGCCGCCGCCGCUAAAAAUAGGAUGAUGCAAGGUCAGCAGGGCGGAGGCGGGGCUUCGAGGGCCUCAGAGUCACGUGAUGCCCACCAUGAUGACGAUGACGAUGACCUCAUCAACCCAGGGUCACCCACGCCCCUCGAUGACUCCGAUGACGAGGACCUGUCACUUGGUACUCACUCCCCCCCACCUGUGUCCGAGAGCCCCCUCCCCACCACGACCCCGAGCGAGGGAGGGGUCGUGUCCCCCACCUCCAACACCACGUCCCCCCACCCGGCGUCCGUGUCCCCCCACCCGGCCAGCCUGUCCCCCCACCCCUCGUCGAUAUCCCCCCACCCGUCGGCCUCCCCCCCUCAGAGCUCCCCCCUCCCCCUCAUCAAGUCGGACGUGUCGCCGAUCUCCGACCUCCUGCACACGACCACGACGACCACCACGUCCCCCUCCGACGUGUCCAAGUCGUACCUGGUGCCCCCGAUGUCGUCGCUGCCCCUCAUGACGUCCCUGGCCACGUCCCUGGCCUCGCCCCUGUCCCUCACCUCCCUGCCCUUCUCCUCCAUGGCGGCGGGGGAGGGCUUCAACGGUGACGCCGAUAGUAAACAAACCACCAUGGAGCUUUCCUCCGAAGAUGAGUUUUGUGGCUAUUUUUCAGCUAUUACGGCGCUUACACAGUGUGCAUUAGCCCUUGCUGCUGUAAAACAAAAGAAAAAGGAGCCAAAAAGACUGUGGAUGAGAAAGUGGCUACAAAGAAAAGAUAAAAAUACCGCCACUCCCAAAAUCAACCCGUUCUCACGCCAUUCCCACCUCAACCAGACUCACACAAUCAAUAUUCCCAAACAGGCAAAGCAACCAAAACUACACCCAUAUCCCACCCGCUAUCCACGCGCCCCCACCACAUUCCCACCUCAGCACCAACUUCCCAACCCCUAG